UUCUUCGCUCCCAAUUCCAUCUGGCAGUGGCGACGGCCACCGGUACCGUAGAGCAAGGAGGGUCUUGGCAAGUUCACGUUUUCGGUAAAGGAUUUGGCUCGUGAAGUGCGUGCGUGUACCAAGAAGAAGUUAGUAGAGUCGUGAGGUACACGGAGCUGCUGUGUUCCGUGGGCGUGAAAGAUUGUGAGCACGGGUUCCGCUGUCGCUCGGACCGAGCUUCGUGUGUGUGCCGCUUCGCCAAUCGCCAUCAUGAAAACAUUCGCCCGUCGUGUCGUUAUCGUUCCUCCUCCGUCCUUGUAGGUUCCUCGGAUUGAAGUAAUAUCGAACGCUCGUAUGCGAAGCUAACAGUGUGCCAGAAUUAUAUUAUUUUCGUGGUAUUCUCGUGCAAAACGAUUGAUAUCGUGCAUUUUUGGGCGCCUCGGGGAUACUCUGGCGAUAAUACGCAGAAUAGAAACGUAGUUACGCGCGGACGAUUACGCGAACGAACCUGUCGUGCACGGUGUUCGCCACCGCGACACAAGAGCCUACGUAAAUGCUUCUGAGGCACACUUACUCCAUGUCGUGCAUUUGUUGCAAUACGAUUGCGUGCUGCCAAGUGAGUGAAUCGUUGGUGACAGCUGGUUGUGGAGAAGCGAUUGGAACUAGGACCAUCGCACAAGACAACUGGUCAGCCAUCACCGAGCUGACUACAGUUUAUCACUGUUUCUCCAAGCAGCAAGCGCUAAUAGGAUAUUCAAAUAAGUCUGUUCGAUCAAGGAGGAUCGAUCCAGAGAGACGAGAGUAAUGGAACGCGAGUCAAACCCCAUGCAAGCAUUGUGCCGCAGUGGCUGUGGAUUUUAUGGCUCGCCAGCCACGGAUGGCCUUUGCUCCCUCUGCUACAAGGAGAACCUCAAGAAAAAGCAACAACCCCCUGUCUCGACCACGACUGUACCGGCCUCGCAGACCGUCUCUGGUAACGCUGGCACGUUGCAAAGCGGUUUUGGCAGUCCUGCCUCCACAGGGCACACUGCCCAACCCACCAUUCCUACCAUACCUCAGCCCACAACGGAUUUGCCCAGUCCCAAGGAGGUAAGCAGAGACGAACAGGAAGGUGAGGCAGGGGUCAGCAGUGGGGCGGCAGAAGGUUCGGUCAGUAGUGGCGAUGCAGAUGACUGCUUCGAUGGCAAGGAAACAGAUAAAGAGUCCAAAAAGAAGAAAAAUCGUUGUGCAGUUUGUCGCAAGAAAGUGGGUUUGACCGGAUUCGAGUGUCGUUGUGGAGGACUGUUCUGCUCUGUGCACCGGUACAGUGACAAGCACGACUGCAAGUUUGAUUACAGAGAAAUGGGCGCCCAAGAGAUUCGGCGCAACAAUCCAGUUGUUGUUGGUGAAAAAGUGCAAAAAAUUUGAACUAUUUAGUGUGUAGUCGUUGGGAAAAUGGUUAUAUAACUAUAUAAACAAACAAAAUAUAAAACACGGAGAAAACGAGAUAAAUUAUCUGGCAGCUGAUUGCACAUCGGGGAAUGAAACGAAUGAUCGAAAGAUUAUUGCGCUACGGGAGGGAACGAAUGAGAACGCGGGAAAAAGCGAAAUGAGAGAAAGUCAAAUGUGCGUGAAAGAGUAUGCAAGGGGAAUGCUAGAAGAUAAUGGAAUGACUGACGCAGAGAAAACGAGGGAAUGAAUUGAGCGGGGUGUAUGAGGCAAAAAGAGAGAAUGAGAAAGAAUGACUGUGAACGAGAGAGAGGUUUGAGUGAGAAAAGUAAGAAUCCAAAAGUGUGAUUUAGAUGGGAGAGAAAGAGAUGAAUGAAUGCGUAGAUGAAUGAUUAAAAAAAUUGGAUGCCAGUGCCAUGUCAGAUUGUCAUCUAGUGAGAGUUUUAAAUGAGAAAAAAAAAUCUGGUUACUAACUGCUGCCAGCUUACUACUACUAUUACCUAUUAUUAUCUUUAUAAUUAUUACGAUUUAUUAUGAUUAUUAUUAUUAUUAUUAUUAUUCUAUAUUACGUUUAUUAAUUUACUUAAACGCAAAAUUCGCGAAUGAAAGAAGAAAAAAAAAACGUUUGUAUUUAAGUAGACGCGGAAUUCCUGGUGCAGUCAGUCAGUCCCAAAUAUCUUGGCGAGCGAGUCGAUCCACCCAGCUAGAAAAAUUUAACACAGAUGUUUUUGUUUCUAUAUCGAAGAAGAAGAAAAAAAAAAAGGAAUGUUGUUUAUACGACGACUGACAUUGAUGGGUGAUCACAAUUCUAGGUUAACGAUUAGUCUAAUAAUUAUUAAGUAUAUUAGCCGAUUGAUUCAUAAAUAAUGCAAUGAAGUAUAAGUAGUACUGUGUGUUUAUGUCCAAUCUCACGAGAAUAUAACGAGCAUUAUUACUCAUUAAAUACUGUUUGAAUUUAUGUUUUCGAAUCAUUAUUCACGCUUUGUUAGCAGUACUUGUAAGGGACGACCCGCUCUCUGACGAGUGCGUGCGGAAUAGGCACGCGAUUCUUAUUCCUCGAUAUUGCCGACGAGUUUCCCCAGGGAUCGAGUGACGUUCCCGAUCCGAUCGUCCGAGAGAAUCGCUUCUCGUUGUCAUUUUCGCGGUUCCAAUAAUGCCCUGCAUUAUCCUCGAGCCACGGCCAUCGCACCUGUCACCUUCAGGCUCCUUAUUCCAUUUUACUCUACGCUCCUAACUUUUACUCGCCUUCCUGUCUCCUGACGUUACUCCUGCGUUACCUUACAUUUACUUUAUGUUAUGUUAUAUUACGUUACCUUAUAUGUCUUGCGUUUCUUUUCUCGUUUUGCGAUUGUCGCGCGACAUUUAUAUAGAAAAGGCUUUGAGGCUGUAAUGCUAUAACCGCAACGAGCGAAUGCUAAGAGUAAGGAAAGACGACGGUCCAUUGUAAAACGUACGAAUGGAAUGCCGAAGAGUACGAGUAUAGUAUAUAUUCGCGUUAAUAAUACUUUCGCAAGCAUUAUUAUAAAAAAUAAAAAAAUAAAAUAAAAUAAAAAAUAGGAAAAAGUAUCCUGACAUAACGGCGAUACGGUAUCACGAUAUACACUUCGUCAAUAGUCUCGACACGAUUCCUCCUCGUUUGUUCCCUAUUGCUCUGGACGCUACUGCCUUGGAUCGCGUUGUGCUUUCCUCUAGCCUCGAGCGUAUCCGAUUCUUCCUGACUGCUAUGCGCGUUGGUUCUAUUUCUUUCUUGGGGGGGGAGGAAAAAAAGAGCGUCUCUGUAAAACCAACCAGCAAUAGCAGAAUCCAAAGGAACAGAACGAAUUGACAAAGCCGUACGCGAGUUCACGAGAAAUAAGCCAAAGUGCAAAAGCAAAGUUUAGUAAUGAGAUAUUGAGCGACAAAGCGCGCCGAAUUCUUCAUCGCGCUGCCAUGUAUAUCUUUCCUUUCCUAUUUAACUGCGGCUACGUAUUUGCCCGAACGGACAAGAACGACUCUCUCGUUCGAAUUGUCAAACUCCGAAGUUACCUCGACACGCACUGUACUUUCUGGUAUUUAAUAUUUUUCUCGUGACUUCGUAGCGGAUCUCGCGCCGUCGAAAGCGUUUCCGACGACAUUGUCCUUGCAACAAACGAACGUCUCGCGAACGAUCUCGUGUGCCACGCUUAAGGCAUCCGUACGAGAAGUCGAUGCGAUUCAACGUAUCGUCCCCCAUUUCGUUUUAAAAAAAUGUACGAUCGACACGUGUCAUCCUGUAAAUCGUUAUCGCACGUUAAAGAGACAGUACUAUUGUUACGAUUGAAAAUCCCUGAAGUACGUUCCUCUACAGUGCAAUGUAACGUCGUAUUCGGGUGUGGCCCCUGGCGCCUCUGUCUUGAAGACGAGGUAGCUCUGCGACGCUUUUCUCUCUUUAUUUUUCUCUCUUGUUUGAGAUAUAACAGAACGUUCUUGUGCAUCGUCGAUUUAUGGGAUGACGACGUGUGCCACGCCCAUAGACAAUACACGACGAGCACACGUAGCGCUCGUUGAAGUGAAUGUCGUCGUAGCCAUCGUCAUCGUCGAGAGAUACGUCGACGAGAGGGUUGAUACUGUAUCCGCCCUCGAUUCGAUCAUGCGAAAGGACUUUGCCGACGCGAGGAUAAAAAAAAAAAGAACACGCACAGCAGUUUUCAGUAAUGUCGACACGGAAAGGUUGCCUUCUGGCAUUCAUCCUAUUUUAGGCAUAGCAUAUUUUUCUAACGUAUAUCGCAAUAUCGGAUUAAUCUUGCCUAGCGAGAGCGACCGAGUGGGAGAGGAGAGCAAGAGAGAGAGAAUUUGAGUGAGUGUGAGAAUGGAAAAGGGAGAGAGAGAGAGAGAGAGAGAGAGAUAAAUGGUGGCAUGUGUGAGGAUAUGAACGUGUGCUCUGUAAGUGGGUGGUGCAAGGUAGAAUGUGUGAAUGGAAGAGAAAGAGAAAUUUAAGGAAAAUUGCAAGAAGAAUCAGAGAGAAUAAAAAGGGGAGACGAUACAUUGAAAAAAAAAAAAAAAAAAUGAGACCCACACGGAUUAUCAGCGACGUUUGUAUUCGGCUGACUACAUAA